AUGCAAACAAUAGGACGUCGGGCGCAUAUUGUGAACCUCGACCCAGCAGCAGAACCUACAGAAUAUGAAUUUACAAUUGAUAUCCGAGACUUGAUAUCUCUCCAAGAUGUUAUGGAAGAGAUGGAUCUUGGACCGAAUGGUGGACUUGUUUACUGUUUUGAGUUCCUCUUGAACAAUCUAGAUUGGCUAGACGAGGAGAUUGGAGACUACAACGAUGAGUAUCUAAUAUUUGACAUGCCUGGACAAAUUGAAUUAUACACUCAUAUUCCCAUAUUGCCAACAAUAGUGCAGCAUUUAAAAACCAGUUUGAAUUUCAACCUAUGUGCUACAUACUUACUAGAGUCUUCAUUUAUUAUAGAUAGUUCGAAAUUUUUCAGUGGCACACUAAGUGCAAUGUCGGCGAUGAUCUUAUUGGAACUACCACAUUUGAAUAUUCUUUCAAAGAUAGACUUGAUCAAGGAUAAAGUGUCACAGAGAAGAUUGAAACAGUUUCUUAACCCUGAUCCGUACUUAUUAGCAAAAGAGGAAGACGAAAUAAACCCGAAAUUUAAAAAACUAACCACAAGACUCGCAAACUUGAUAGAUGAUUUUGGAAUGGUACAGUUUUUACCUCUAGAUUGUUCAAAAAAUAGCAAAAGUGUCGAGACAAUUUUGAGCUAUAUAGACGAUGUGACGCAAUGGAGCGAAGCUCAAGAACCAAAGGAGCCACACGAUGAAAUAGAGAUUCCAGAUGAAGCCUUCUGA